UAUCAUAACAUAGUCCCGACCCUCCCAACCAAUCUCCCGCCACCGGUUAACGAUGGCGCCUGCGAUCACCUGCUCAAUCUGAAGAUUCCAAGUGUCAGCUUGCCGGUUGCCGGCAACAUUUCGACGACCGUUGAUCUUUCGAGCCGAGAUCGAUUGACAAUUGUUUUUUGCUAUCCACGCACGGCUGCCGCCAACGAAACAAUCCCUCCCGAAUGGGACGCGAUUCCAGGGGCAAGAGGGUGCACGCCUCAGGCGUGCUCCUUUCGCGAUAACUCUAAAGCGCUUUACGAUGCUGGAAUCGAUGGACUUUUUGGUCUGUCUACUCAGUCCACUGAGGUUCAGGAGGAGUUUCGCCAGAGAAGUCAUAUACCCUACGACAUUCUCUCUGACGCUGAACUUGAAUUUGCACGUGCACUGAGCUUGCCUCUGUUCGAGUACGAAGGGAAACAGUUGGUCAAACGUCUGACAUUGGCCAUAUACAAAGGGCGAAUUGUGAAAUAUUGGUAUCCUGUAUUUCCACCGCACAAGAACGUGUACGAAGUUCUUGAAUGGGCCAAGACCUUCAAACCUGCUAUGGAAUGA